AGGGUGCGGAAAAGGACUGGUGGCCCCGCCCUCAGUCCCCACCCUUUGGAGGCCGGCGUUUCCCCCUCUGAGGGAGUUUUUGCCGGUGCCACGGCCGCCACCUGGAGUUUCUUCAGGCUCCAGGUUUCCCUACCACGAGGAGUCCAGGGAAGAAAAGCCGAGCCUCGGUGCCACACUCGCACGCUUUCUCCAAUCCCAGAUCGCCCCGGCAGGAAUGGGCGACAAGAUCUGGCUGCCCUUCCCGGUGCUCCUCUUGGCCGCUCUGCCCCCAGUGCUGCUGCCGGGUGCGGCCGGCUUCACGCCCUCCUUAGACAGCGACUUCACGUUCACCCUUCCGGCCGGCCAGAAGGAGUGUUUCUACCAGCCCAUGCCCCUGAAGGCCUCGCUGGAGAUCGAGUACCAAGUUUUAGAUGGAGCAGGAUUAGAUAUUGAUUUUCAUCUUGCCUCUCCAGAAGGAAGAACCUUAGUUUUUGAACAAAGAAAAUCAGAUGGAGUUCACACGGUAGAGACUGAAGUUGGUGACUACAUGUUCUGCUUUGAUAAUACAUUCAGCACCAUUUCUGAGAAGGUGAUUUUCUUUGAAUUAAUUCUGGAUAAUAUGGGAGAACAGGAGCAAGAACAAGAGGACUGGAAGAAAUAUAUUAGUGGCACAGAUAUGUUGGAUAUGAAACUGGAAGACAUCCUGGAAUCCAUCAACAGUAUCAAGUCCAGACUAAGCAAAAGUGGUCAUAUCCAAACUCUGCUUAGAGCAUUUGAAGCUCGUGAUCGAAACAUACAAGAAAGCAACUUUGACAGAGUCAAUUUCUGGUCUAUGGUUAAUUUAGUGGUAAUGGUGCUGGUGUCAGCCAUUCAAGUGUAUAUGCUAAAGAGCCUAUUUGAAGAUAAGAGGAAAAGUAGAACUUAAAAUUCCAAAUCAGAGUAAUUAACAUUGAAAAAGAGACGGAAAAUUGCAAUGAACUGUUACAGUCAAGACCAUUAAUAGUUUUUUCCAAAAUGUUUUCAGGCAUUACCAUAGGUGUGAAACAAGUAUAAUAUUAAUGUGAAAGGAAAGUCUUCACUUUCGUCUGUGCAAGUAAUCUUAUUGCUCCAGUUGUACUUAAGUGUAUAACAGAAAUAUUCUGCAGAGUAUAGGUGUAGUUGAAUGAAGCCAUAUUAAUAACAGCAUUUCCCUCAGUUUGAAAAAGAUUUUGCAGAUAUCAUAAGUGAUUUAAAUAAAUGAACGUUGGGCCUAAAUGCAACACCGAACAAUGUUUUUAAAAGAUUCUCUUACCUAGAUGUUUAUUUGUAAAUGUUGCAAUUACAAAUUAAUUGUAGAAGUUUUCAAUAUAUUACGUUAUAAGUCAUCUGAGAAUUACCUAAUCAUGAAUUGAAUAUACCUUUAGAAAACAGACUCAACUUUUCUCUUUUUACAUGUGCCUCUCUCCUAUAAUGUAAAUAGAAGCAUAGCUGUGAAAGAUUUGUGAGAUUUUUAUAACUAAAUAUAUUUCAAUUUAAAAUAUUAGCAAAAAGUAUUAGUUUUAUAUACUUAGCCUACAUUCCCAAAAGCUGACAUUUUGACAGUUCUUACAAAUGCUAAGUCAACUUAUUAAAAUUAGGACAGAUUUUCUCUUUGAAGUGAAGAACAGCUAAAGGUUGCUCAGCCUCCGUAAGGACACAUUCUAAUUCUUAACUAAGGUAAUAGGAUUUUAAAAUUAAAUGUGUGGGAAAAUAAUUUUAUUUUUAUAUUAUAUGUCAACAGUAUUGCAUUCAUUUUAACAAGACUACUGACUUGGAUAAUACAUUAUUACCAGCAGUUGUGAAGGAAAUAUUGCUAAAAGGAUCUGGGCCUAAUGUAAAUAAAUAUCUCCUUUUCUGAGUUCUCAAAAUCUUAUGUAAAAAGAACUAAUAAAAUGAAUAAAAAAGAAUUUAGGUAAGCUUGAGAAUAUCUGAUCAAAAUUAAGUUCACUUAAACUGUAAGUAUCUGGAAUCUGACUGGCUCAUCAUGGACUCAAUCCUAAUAUAAAUCAUGAUAUUAAUUUCCAGUUAAUUGGAAAAAACUAUACUUGGCUGUGGGUUUUUAUUUUUUACAACUGUUUUGAAUUAUCUAAGUAUUCAGGUACAUGUUAUGAAACAUAAGCCCUACUGUAAGGUUUAGCACUGGGUGUACAUAUUUAUUAUAAUUUUAACUUUCAUAAAAUGACCUUUCUGAUCACUUUAUUUAUUGACAUUCAAGUAAGGAUAGGAAACCCACAAAUUCCCAAGGUUAAACACUCAAUGUGUGAAUAACUAUAUAUAUAAAGUCUCUGCCAUCCUAGCUUAUUCCAGUCUGUGGAGUCUUACUCAAAUACUAGUAAUUUAGCUACAUCAUGAAUUAAAUAGAAUUUUUUGGUUAUACCCAUUUAUAAUAUUGUUUAUGACAAAUAUGAGUUAGAAACAAUCCACUUAUGAGUAUAGAACCCCUCUGUAGGUUAGUACUGCUGGAAUUCUUAAUAAGCAAUAAUGAUAUCCAGAGAUAAUGGUUUCAUUUAUAAUUCACACUCAGAGUGGUACAAAAAGAGAUUUAUUUCCCUCUUUCUUAAGCCCUUGGGAGAACAGAAGCUUAGAUUUCCCUAUUUUGAAGCUUUUUAAAAAUGAGGUAAAUGCCAUAUAAUGAUCAAUUAACUUAUUGGCCAAGAAAAUGCUUUAAGUGUCCAGGAGUAGUCCCUGUAACACAUGCAAAACAAAGGCCAAAAAUAUCAUGGCCUGUGAAGAGCCCUUCUUUUUCUCCCUUCUGUUCAAGUCGUAAUGAGAAGCAAACUUACAAUACUAUAACUAAUAAAACAGUACAGAUAUAAACUACUGCAUCUUUUCUAUAAAACUGUGAUUAAGAAUUCUACCUCUUAUGUAUGGCUGGUUACUGUACUGUACUCUGACCCUUCAUCUAACAAUUUGUUACAUCAUCUUCUACAUAUGAUUUGUGCCACUGAUUUUAAGCCCUUGAUUCACUAACUUCUUACCAUAUAGUAAUAGCCUUCUUUGGAAAAUAAAAAAUUUAGGAAUAUUGAGGACAAUUUUAUUUUUAUAGACACAAAGUGAAAAGAGUGAGUUUAUUUAAGCAUCUUAAAUAAUGGCUGCCUGUAUUAACCAAAAAAAGUAAAAUUUGUAAGCAAAGAAAUAAGUUCUUUAAUAUUUCUAAAGGCAUACUCUUUAUCUGCCUCAUGGUUUUUUAAUGUCAGUAUUCAAUUUCAAAAUUAAAAUUAUGCUAAAAUUGAGUAAGCUAUUUAUCACUUGGCUGAUUUUGUCUUUGGUUUUUAAUUAUAUAAACUUUUUUAAGAAUACGGCAAUAUUUAAGGCCUAGAGUUUCACUCAUUUGCAUUUGGAUCAUUAAUAUGCAAUUUUUUAAUGUGAAUUUCAAGACAUAGAGGGUAAAUAAGUGGUUGAAAUAGCACUGAAAUAAAUGACAAAUUGAAAUGUAAUUUUAUGUUAAGUGUAUUUAUCUUUCUUAAGCAUUGUUAUUACGUCUUAAAAUUGACAAAAAUUGAGUAACUAUUUGUAUGCCUCUCCAAAUGACAAUUCUUUAUCUGAAAUUUUAAAAGAAAUUGAUUCAACAUGUAAUGGUUUUUCAUCUGAAGUAUACUAAUGCACAAUCAUUGUUGCUCAAAUUGUAUUAUAGUUGUGGACAGCCAUAUAAAAUGAGCAAUGAAUACUGCGCUGAAUAUAUAUAAUAAAGAUUACAAUCAAAGAAAAUCUU